AGUUCUUUUUCAAAGAAGAUAAUGAAUAAUACUGUAAUCUUUGAGAAUGACACCUGUGAAAACAUUGAUGACUUCAAAAAAUAUACCUACCUACCAGUGUACAUCAUCACAUUUGUUUUAGGAUUUUGUGAAAAUGUCUUCUGUUUGUAUGUAUUCCUGAAGUUGUACAAGAGGAAGACUGCAUUCAGCAUUGUCAUGGCGAACCUUGCAAUUGCAGAUCUACUCUUUCUUUGCACGUUGCCUUUGCGUGCCCUAUAUUAUUACCAAGGCGGCAUCUGGAACUUUCCACAUUCCUUAUGCACAUUCAUGUCUUAUGCAAUGUACCUCAAUAUGUACUGUAGCAUCUACUUUCUAACUCUAAUGAGCAUCUUGCGUUACUUUGCUGUAGUGCAUCCACUCAAUUGUUUGAAGUACAGGAGUACCAAGAUGGUUCUGAUUGUGUGCAUUUUCAUAUGGGUAUUUUUGGGCUUAUUGGCCAGUCCUAUACUAAAGGAUGACAGUAUCACCAAGGAAAAUAAUACAACAUGUUUCGAUCCCGAGGAUAACGAUAAUAUUAAAAUAUACAACAUGAAUUUAAUUUCACUGACAAUGGGUUGUAUUAUACCCUUCUUUAUUAUCACCAUCUGCUACAUUUUUGUUGUUAAAACUUUGCUAACCUCAAAGACAGAGCAUGAAAAGCAAAAAAAUUCCCGCAGAAAGGCUAUUAUAAUGAUUAUCAUCGUCAUGGUCAUAUUUCUGGCCAAUUUUCUACCCUAUCAUAUUUUGCGGACUGUCCACCUUCACAUUAAGACCCUGCACAACAAAAACACAACCCAUGAUAAUUGUUUAAUUCAGAAAACUGUGGUGGUUACUCUAUGUGGUGUAGCAAUCAAUACCUGUUUGGAUCCCCUUUUAUAUUACUUUGGAGCAGAGUCCUUCAGGAAUAAACUUAGAAACCCGAGUACACUGAAUAGGCAAAUCAGAUUUUCUCCUAUAAUUAAUUAA